UUCCACAUACCAAACGCGGGGAGGCAAAAAUUUCUUUCUCCCGCGCGAAGGCGCCUUCUAUUCGACAAGGCAGAAGGUUCUCUUUCCAGCAGACAACCUUGCCGAGGAAGAGGAAUUUUGAAGAAGAGAGAAAGGUUCACGAGCAAGCGAUUGACUCUUCGCAUCUUCUCCAAGCCAAGGGUUUCUGCUCAUUUCAAAAUACAGUGAAAGAGCUAAGAGGGAGCCGCACGGUUGAGUGAAAGAGACAAGGGUUUCUGCUCGUUUCAAAAUCUCCGCUCACGAUGUUGAGGAGAACAUCUGCACGUUUGUGAAGAAGGGUUUGGAUUCAGAUUCAGAGUUUGAGGAGAACAUCAAUGGUUUUGGGGAGAACAUCUGGAAUUUCCCCAAAACCAUCAAUGGUUGAGGAGAACAUCAUUGGUUUUGGAUUCAGAUUCAGAGUUCUUUUGAUCUUUAAACCUGGCGGGUUUGGAAUACUCAUUCGCCAUGGCCGUAUCUGGAAUUUCCUUUCAAACAUGGCAACGCCUAAUUGAACUUUGUCGUCAGAACAACGCAGCUCGUAUCAAUACAUAUGCCACUUGGUCUUUCUGCCUAGAGCUUCUUCUACAAAUGGCAUAAAGAAAAGCUUCCUUCAUUGUUCUUAACCAUCUUUAAUUUGGUAGAAAAACAUGCUCAACAUUCAAAUGCAUUAAUUUACGGGUUGUCCCUGAAAGCUUUCUCACACUAGAUCUUCUACCGUUACAUUCUAACAUUCACACACAGAAGCUAAUUAAGCCAUGGUUUGGGCAGAUGCAUGCUCGUCCUUCUGUUCUACAAAUUACCUAUCUAAAGAAUAAGGUUCCUCAAUGAGAAUAAGAGCCAGGAUUAAUGCUCAUCAAAGCAAAGUAUAAAAUUUCAUUCCUUAUAAAGAAAGAGAUGACCACAAGAGUCAAAGAAAUAUACAAAAAUAACAAAAAUGCUGGCCAGAUUGAAUCUGGUGUCUCUCAACAUGUAAAACGGGUUGAUGUACAUAGAGGCCUUGUUGAUACUGCAACACCAUUUGAAUCUGUUAAAGAAGCUAUUUCUAAAUUUGGAGGAAUUAUUGAGACAAAGCCCAUAGAAUACAGACUUUUGAGGAUUUCCGUGGCAGUUCUUUUGCAUUGUUGCCUGAGAAACUUAAGUUGUCAUACUGGCGGAACUCAUGUUCAUGGUGCAUCCUGUUCAUGGUUCACCUUAUAUCUAAAUGGCUUCAUUACUUUCACUUCUGCCAAAACACUUAAUGAGGAUAGCAGAAGUCCCAAAACUGACUAUUAAUGUAUCAGCGCAUCUUGCAAUUGGGUUAAACCAUUAUGUUCAGUGGAUGUGCAUUGGAAGAUGUGUUACAUUUUUCAAGAAGAUUUUUUUUAAAUGCCUUGUACUUUUUCUAUGUUAAUUGGAUAUUGUA